AUGAUUGAGCUCGGCCUGAGUCGCAUUUCCCGUCUUGUCCAGCAGACGUCGUUGUCCUGGCAAGCCAUUCACAUCGCGGGAACGAAUGGCAAAGGGUCGAUCAGCGCGUAUCUAUCGCAUCUGUUAACUUCCGGGGGCGUUCGCUGUGGCCGAUUUACAUCCCCGCACCUAGUCGACCGAUGGGACUGCAUCACAAUCGGCGAAAGAGUUGUCCAAGAAUCUCUUUUCCGCCAGAUCGAGGCCCAGGUCAAACAGCGGGAUCAGUCCCUGGGGAUUGGGGCCAGCGAGUUUGAGUUGCUGACUGCAACGGCCUUUGAAAUUUUUCACCAUGAACAGGUUGAGGUCGGAGUAGUGGAAGUUGGCAUGGGCGGGCGGUUGGAUGCGACCAAUAUCCUGAAAGAUGUCCUCGUGUCAGUGAUCACGAAGAUAGGGCUAGAUCACCAGAACCUGCUUGGAAACACGAUCGAAGAGAUUACCCGAGAGAAGGCUGGCAUCUUGAAGCGUGGAGUUCCGUGCGUGGUGGACGGCACGAACUCCCCCUCGGUGAUCACCACUCUCCAAGACCGUAUCAAGGAACUCAACAUCGAUGCAACUUACACUCACCCGGAAACCCCGAAUGAACACUCUCCGUCGCUUGGUCAACUCUUCUCAAAACUUGACCUCUUGCCGCAUCAGCAGGCCAACAUGUGCUGCGCCGUUUCAGCUCUCAAGUUUGCCUUGCCGAAGCUACGUCCCGAUUUCGGGCUUGAUUCACUACUUCCACAUCUUUCGAACGUGGAGUGGCCAGGGCGCUUACAAAGUAUCUCUCUAGCGCCUCUUAUUGCUCGGGAAGAACCUAUUCUACUAGACGGUGCGCACAAUACCCAAUCCGCCGAAGUCCUUAGGCAAUAUGUGGACCGCAGGCUCCGUCCACAAGCAGGGAACGUCACCUGGGUCAUUGCAGCUUCUCGUGGGAAGGACAUACCCGAGCUGUUCGGUUCCAUUAUCAAAGAGGGCGACCGUGUCGUCACAACGGCAUUUGGGCCCGUUGACGGGAUGCCGUGGGUCAAAGCAGUUGAGCCCGAAGAGCUCGCCACCUGCGUUCGGUCUUUCCCGGGGAUCGGAGAAGUCCAGUCGUUUGGGAAGGACAUUGUCGCUGCUAUUGAUUAUGCUUCGAGGGAGGCUAAUGGUAAUCCGCUCGUCAUUGCGGGCAGUCUUUACCUUGUGUCGGAUGUCCUCCGGCAUCUGCGGGAGGCCAAAACGUCGUCAUGA